GUGACAGUUACUAAUUUUACAUUUAACAAUUGUUAUUAAUGAAUUAAUAUAUUACGAAUGUGGUACAGAAUAGAAUAGAAAAUCAUUUAUUCAAAUAAACUUAAUUUAAGCACUUUUGAAUAGUAAUAACAUUUUUUUUAAUUUACCGCUCGUUCGGAAAGCUGUCUAAUCACAAGAAGAACGAGCAAGAAACUAGUGUGUUGCUCUUUUAAAUAAUCCUUGUAAGUCCACAUUUUCCAAGUCGAAACGUGUGAAUACAAACUACCAACCAGCAUCAAUUUAUUAGAGUCAAUUAUAAAAACACAAUUAGAUUAAAUCAGUCGUAGUGAUAAGAGCAGACCAGUCCUUACAAACUUCACUCGUUCACGAGUAUGUUGGAUGAGCCAGCCAUCACUGCGCUCGACCAUAUUUUAGGCCAUUUGUAGUGUUUGUGUUUAGGUAUUCAUAUGUACAGCCGAAAUACUAAGUCAUAUUUUGUAAGUCGCGGUAACUUUUAAGAGUGAAACAAAAUAUUAAUGAAACUGUCACCCGCAUCAUGCUACAGCGCACAUGAUAUAAUGACAUAAUCAUUGUGGUCAUCAGAUUUAUAACAUAAACUUUUUUGUUAGUAAGAUGUCAAAAUUCAAUCUGUUCAAUGAGUAAAUACUGAUCUUAAUAGCUUUGAGUGAUGUAAGAGUGACUUCCAUUUAGUGGAUUAGCGGAUUGUGAAUUUAGAAAUUCAACGUGUUUUUCUAAUAAAUUGUUAUUUUGAAAUGAAUUUUCAAACCAAUAUCACGUUAACUCCUUUGAAAGUCCUGAUGGUUAAUCCUCUUAUGCCCGGCUCGCAGUUGACUAUUGUUAAAAUAUUAUCUGGUGCAGUUUUUGGAUCCAAUCAACUAAUUGACCUGAUUCUUUUAGUUUACUCUAAUGAAAAGCCUUCUGCUGAAGCACUUAAACUAGAAUUAAUUGGUUGUGCAUUUUCAUGUAACAAUUCUAUUGAAGUCACAUCUGAUUUGCCCAGUUUUUCAGACGCUGAUGUAUUUUGUUUUAUGACAAAUUUUCCAAAUCCUAAUAAAGUAGAUUUUGAUAGAAUUGACAUCGAUGAACAGUUUGAUACUUUCUAUUUGACUAUAAAAAUAGCCCAUAAUUUGCUAGUAAAGAGCUCCACUGAAGAAGAAACACUUGAUAAUACGGAUAAUACAUUGAAAAAUAAAAAAGUAAUAAAGAAGUCGAUUAAGCCAAUAAUAGUUGCCGAUGGUUUGGUUACGAUGGAUAUUCUUCUUUCAUUUUCGAAAAAUAUACCUACUAAUAUAUUUUUUUGCCCUACGUCAAUAACUGGUGCUGCUAAAUCAGUAUUAGGAGACUAUUUGAAGGUGCAAUGCUAUACGAUCAAUAAUGUUCAUGUUUGGGCCGCGAAUGAUGAUGUUCUUCAUGUUGAAGUUGAUAAACCUAUUAUCAUUUACGACACAGUCAAUGACUUACCAAAUUGUGAUUGGGAAGCAUUGGGGAAAAAUCAGCUAGACUCCUUUAAUUUAGAUCAUACUCAAUUUAAUGAUUCGUGGAUGAAGAAAGAAUUUAUAGAUAAGGUAACAUCAUGUGCAUCGAAAAAUCCCUACGGAUGUAUUUUUAGAGCUGCAGAAUUCGCUAAAACUUUGCAAGCAAUUUGGUUGUCACGUUCGAGUGAGAACGGGAGUAAAGUUUAUUGCAACCUGGGUGUAAUAAGUGAUGGUUCUCUUGGAACUGUAAAAGGCUAUCCAUAUAUUUUACCUGUAAUCUUGAGUGGCGAAUUUUGGACAGUUAAUAAAUAUUUAGAGGACGAUACACAUUUGAAACACGAGAUUAAAAGAAUAAAUGUAAUAGUUAAGGACCAUCAUAAUAAGUUGAUUUCAUACUGCAAAAAAUUUUUGGUAGAGAACGUUUUAAAUCAAGCGUUUUUACGAUCUGAUGAGGAAACCUCUUCCGUGAUAGAUAAAAGCCGAUCUAGCAUUUAG